AUGAAGAAAAGAAAAUAGGAAUUAAAUUAUUUCUUCAAUUAGGCAAUGAAGUUAAAAAAUUACAAUAUGAUGGAGAUAUUAGCAUACCAACGUUAAGAAUAUUAUUUAUUGAAAAAUUUCAAUAUAAUCCAGGAAUGGAUGAUUUUCCUAAUAUCUAUAUAAAAGACCCAAAUGUUGGAAUAAUGUACGAAUUAGAAGAUUUGAAUGAAGUGACAGAUAAUUCAGUGUUGGCUUUAAAUGUUGAAGCCUUAGAACAAAUUAAGAAACAUAUUGAUCAAAAUAUUGGAGAGCUUACUAAAGAGAUUCGAGAGAUAAAGAAAUCAUUUUCGGAGAAUACCAAAUUAUUACGUCACAAUAGUAUUAUUGCAAAUAACACCCCACCCUCACCACGUCCAAGUGAAUCACAUUUUACACAAUUAGCAAAGAAAGUUUUAGAGAAUGUGAAGAAACAGAAAGAUUCUGAUGAUAAGAAAGUGACAGAAGAGCACGUAUUAAAAGUUGCGAAAGAAAUUAAAGAUCAAUAUGACGAAGUACAAAAUCUUCGAAGAGAUUUAGGAGUGAUGAGACAAGUUUACACUGAGUUUCAAGAAAAUUCUAAGAAAACGUUUGAAACAUUAUUGGCCAGGACAGAAAAUUUUAAAAAGGUAGCACUAACGAAAAAUAUUUCAUCUGCAAGAACAUUUAUCGAAGCAGGAAAAGCCAAAGUGGAUAGUAAGACAAGAGCCUUGCUUACCAAGGUUGAUGAUCUUCAAGACCUUAUUGAUAAUCUGAAAUUGGAUGUAGUUCAACGAAGGAGUAAACCUAAAGAUACAAUAAUUCAACAUGUUAAAAAUGAAUCAGCAAGUGUGCGAGAAGAGCUUGCCUCAUUGCAAGAGUAUCUUAAAUCGGUUAAGCCAAUGUGGAAAAAGACAUGGGAAGAUGAGCUGAAUGUGAUUGUUGAUGAACAGAAAUUCCUUAAUCAUCAAGAGGAACUGAUCGAAGAUUUAAUGGAUGAUGAUAAUAAAUUGACAGAAGUAUUUGAACAAAUACUUAAAGUCAUAAAUAUUCAGAUCAAAAACAAAAAAGAAUUUUUUGUCAAACCUCAAGAAGAGGGAUUUGAAGGAUUGAAGACAGUUCUUCAAGAGGUUAAAGGUAUAGCACCAGAUCAUAACAGAAGGUUGAAGGCAUUGGAGCAAGCAGAAAAACAAAGAGAAAUAGAUUUAGCUAAUAGUAUUGAUGAAUUUGAAGCCGAACUUACAUCAUUUGUAUCAGAAAACAAAUUGAAAAAGACAGGAGGAGCUCAAGAAAUAGAAAGAUUGCGUCAAAAGAAGAAUGAGGAAAAUUUAAAAGCAUUAUUUAGUGCUGAAGCAACAACAAUAACAUCAUCAAUAUCGCCACCAUCAUCAUCAAAAAAUGAAGAAGAUAAUAAUUCAUAG